CUGGCUGUGAGCGGGAGGCCUGAGCGGAGAGCAGCGACCGCGCGGCGGGGUCCCGGCCGCGGGGGGCUCGGCGCUAUGGAGGAGCUCGACUGCGAACCCGCAGUAACUUGGAUUCCAGGUGUGAAUUCCAAGAAGAAGCAAAUGUGUUUUGACUGGGGCCCCGGGGAGAUGCUUCUGUGUGAAACUUCCUUCAACAAAACAGACAGAUCAGAGAAGGUGCCGAACUGCCCUUUUAUCUACAUCAUACGGAAAGAUGUGGAUGUUUACUCUCAAAUUUUGAGAAAACUCUUCAAUGAAUCCCAUGGAAUCUUUGUUGGCCUGCAAAAAAUUGAGGAAGAACUGUCGGGGAAGUCCAGGAAAGCUCACAGCCAGGACCUCCAGCUUCGGAUGGCACCUCCCAUAUCAGUCUCUAUUUUGUCAGCCAUGGAGCUCAUUUGGAACCUGUGUGAGAUCCUUUUUAUUGAAGUAGCGCCAGCUGGCCCUCUCCUACUUCAUCUUCUUGACUGGGUCCGACUGCAUGUGUGCGAGGUGGACAGUUUGUCGGCAGAUGUCCUGGGCAGUGACAACCCAAGCAAGCAUGGAAGCUUCUGGAACUUGGUGACCGUUCUGGUGCUUCAGGGCCGGCUCGAUGAAGCACGACAGAUGCUAUCCAAAGAAGCUGAUGCCAACCCCUCUUCUGCAGGCAUGUGCCGUAUCCUUGGGGACCUGAUGAGGACAAUGCCCAUUCUCAGCCCUGGCAACACUCAGACCCUGACAGAGUUGGAGCUGAAGUGGCAGCACUGGCGUGAGGAGUGUGAACGACACUUGCAAGACAACACAUUUGCAGCCAGCCCCCGUCUGGAGUCUCUCUGCAAGAUCAUGCUGGGAGAUGAGGCUGCCUUGUUGGAGCAGAAAGAGCUUUUGAGCAACUGGUACCAUUUCUUAGUGACGAGGCUGCUGUAUUCUAACCCCACAGUGAAACCCAUUGACCUGCACUUCUAUGCCCAGUCCAGCCUAGACAUGUUUCUUGGAGGGGAGAGCAGUCCAGAACCACUGGACAACAUCUUGAUGGCGGCGUUUGAGUUCGACAUUCACCAGGUGAUCAAGGAGUGCAGCAUCGCCCUGAGCAACUGGUGGUUCGUAGCUCACCUCACAGACCUUUUGGAUCACUGCAGACUCCUCCAGUCACACAAUCUCUAUUUUGGUUCUAACAUGAGAGAAUUCCUCCUGCUGGAGUACGCCUCAGGACUGUUUGCUCAUCACAGCCUGUGGCAGCUGGGUGUGGAUUACUUUGACUACUGCCCGGAGCUAGGCCGAGUUUCCUUGGAGCUGCACAUUGAGCGGAUUCCUCUCAACACAGAGCAGAAAGCCUUGAAGGUGCUGAGGAUUUGUGAGCAGCGGCAGAUGCCUGAACAAGUUAAAAGCAUCUGUAAGAUCUUGGCCAUGAAGGCGGUUCGCAAUAAUCGCUUGGGCUCAGCCCUCUCUUGGAGCAUCCGUGCCAAAGAUGCUGCCUUUGCCACACUCGUAUCUGACAGAUUCCUCCGGGAUUACUGCGAGAGAGGCUGCUUUUCUGACUUGGAUCUCAUUGACAAUCUGGGGUCAGCCAUGAUUCUCAGUGAUCGACUGACAUUUCUGGGAAAGUACCGGGAGUUCCACAGACUGUAUGGGGAGAAGCGCUUCGGUGACGCUGCCUCUCUUCUGCUGUCCCUCAUGACCUCUAAUAUUGCACCUCGUUCUUUCUGGAUGACUCUGCUCACAGAUGCCCUUCCUCUUUUGGAACAGAAACAGGUGAUUUUUUCAGCAGAGCAGACAUACGAGCUGAUGCGAUGCCUGGAAGACUUGGCCUCAGGGAGGCCAGAGUGCGGUGAACCUGAUGCCCAGCGACUGCAGGACGACGACAUAGAGACCACCAAGGUGGAGAUGCUGAGAUUGGCCCUUGCCCGGAAUCUUGCUCGGGCGAUUAUAAGGGAAGGCUCACUGGAGGGUUCCUGAGGGAGGAUGAGGACAGUUGCAAUAUAGUAACUCUGUAUGGCAAUGUAAAUAGAUUUUAAA